AUGAUCAUCCACGCCAGCGAUUUCCUCGUGGCCUUCGUGGCAUUGAUGGAGAGCGGAGAGACAGCCCAAGCCAGGAUGACCGGUGACGUCGGCAUGGCUAGGCUGGAUGCGGUGCUCAAGGCAUCAAAGCGAAUGGAUCUAUCCAUGACGGCCGCAGCGAAAGCCACAGCCGACAUGCCGGCGGAGUUGAGUGAGCGAUACGAUGCGCUCAUGUACUUCGAUGGCCAGGGCUUCUGUGCCGCUGCCCUUCGCAACACUGACCUGCAGGACAUGGUCGAUCUCAGGGUGCUUGCCCUGACCACGACCUUGACGGAUCUCUGCACCGCCAUCGCGAAGUGCACCAAGAAUUAUGGCAAUCCAACAGAGGAGAGCUGGAAGUAUUGCAUCAACGAGGAUGCGAGUUUGGAGGACGUGCUCGCCGUAGCCGCCAAGACCAUCGACACCAUCGACGGCCAGGAGACGGGGCGACUUUCCGAUGCUUUGGCCGAGGCCUUGGCAACCGCCAAGAGUUUCCUCGAAAAGUCCGCUUUCCAGCACACGACCCUGGUUGAGUUCAUUGGAAAAGCGACGGUGAUGCAGGACUCAGCGAAGGCUCUUCGCUGCGAAGCUUUGCUGUCCUUCGCUUUGCAGAGCACCAACAAGAAACGCAGAUUGGCGAUCGUGCGCUCCCAGCUGGGUGAUGUCAGUGGCAAAGCUGUGAAAGAGUCCCUCGUCCUGCCGCAACUGUUGGCAGCGGCUCGUGCAGAGGUCAAGUGA